GUGACAACGCCAAUCUCGACAAUGUGAAGGAAAUCAUCAAGGAUAUGCAACGUCGCGCUGGUCUACCGCUCGAGGUAUCGACCCAUGGCCGGUUUUCCCAGAUCGAGCUGCACGAGGAGGUCAUCAUACCCUUCUUGAUCGCACUUCUCGUCUUGGCCUUCUCACUCUGGCAGGUCCCUCUCCAGGCCGCUCGAUCUACAGAUGAUCGUCACCUUGCCUGUCUGAUUCCAAUCUUCAUGGUCCUAGGCGGCUCUCUCGUCCACAAAGCACUCGCCAUUACUACCGCAUCUCCUCGUCAGGACUCUCCGCACUUCGGUUGUGGAUGGCUAGCCUACUCCUUUUCCACGCUCUUGCCGGCUAUUUCUGGCACACACGAACUUCUCCCCAUGCCAGAUAUGCAUUGCAAGGUCUUAAACUUAAAGUCGGGCUAUGCUCUCGACAACAACUCCUGGCUCCUCUCCCGGGUUCUGCGCGACUUAGAAUCAUUGAGUGUCCGCCGGACCUCAAAUGAGGGUAUCUCGAUUGAGAUUCUCGACCUUGUGGCGCCCAUAAAGCCGCUCUCCUGGUACGCCACGGUCUGCGCGAACACUGCGAGCAUGGUGAUCAUGUUUUCGCAGCUCGCAAUCGCAAUUUUCACCAUCUAUGCUCGUCGGGACACCUCAGUUUUCCUCCUGUUCUCGCUUUGCGUCAUGCUCAUGCAGACAGUUGUCAGUCUUCCAGCAUGGCGCGAGCAGAAGUUCUGCGCCAGAAAGGACGGCAGCAAAGACGCAGCAUGUGCGCUGAUGCGGGGUAACGGACAUCGAUAUGUGUCCAUCAUCCGCAAUGCAGACCCAGAUGCGUGGAACAUUGAGGAUCUUGCUGGCGCAUGCCAGACGCAUUACGAUUACUCCCGCACCCUCGAAGGGCCUAUCUUGAUCCUCACUUUCCUCGUGUUUCUCGCAUUCACCUGCCUGUCUACGUACCUCGACAACACAAAUGUUGUGUAUAUGCUCCUUAUACUCGCUCUUGGAACUGUCGGCAACGUUGUCACUGUCGCAUUACCUCGUGAAUCGUGGGCACACGGUCUGAACCUCGAAUCUGUGGGCGUCAUCUCGGAUGAUCGAGGGGUCAUGAAGGCACUCCAGAGGUUGGAGGAGGGCUACGAAGGUCUGGGUGAACCGCUGGUUAAUGAAUUCUUUCCUGGUGGGUUGAGGCUGAAUGAGGAACUUUGGUGGGCGGAUAUCAAGGGGAAGAGGAUGGAGAGGAAGGCGCAUGAGGAGGAGGGCAUGGGGAGCAUGCACAGAAAGGUGGGGACAGAGAAAGGGAGAAAUGAUGGGAUGGACGAUUGGCUGUUCAUGCCGGUGAACGUACCUGACAUUCAGGACAUUGAGAUGUAGAUAUGAAUGGCCUAGCGCAAACGAUGU